GCGAGGGCCGGUGGAGGUUUUGUUCCAGAGAAGCCGUGUGCUGUUUCUGCAUGAAUGUUCCAAGUUUAUUUCAUUUUGCAUUCUUACUGAGAGGGGUGCAAACACCAUCAUGGACUCGGUGGAUUUUGAGGAAGCAGCAGAUCUCUCUGCCCAGUGUUCCCUUGCUUCAGGCAGAAAGGAAAAGGAACUCUCUGAAUCUCCUUGAACUAAGUGAGGCAGAAUUAGAAGAACAGUUUGUGAGAGGUGAUGGUCCAGGAGGUCAAGCCACAAAUAAGACAAACAACUGCGUUGUCCUGAAGCAUAUUCCAUCUGGGAUUGUAGUGAAGUGUCAUCAGACAAGAUCAGUGGAGAAGAACCGAAAGAUUGCCAGAGAAAUCCUGCAGGAGAAAGUUGACUUUUUCUACAAAGGCAAAGACAGUGAUGUUUUUAAAGAGAAGAAAGCAUCAGAGAAGCAAAAGCAGGAGAAAAAAAGAAGAGCAAAGGAAAACUUAGAAAGGAAAAAGCUUUUUAAAGAGAUGCAACAACUGGAGAAGGAAUAAACAUGUGAAAUACUGACCUGCCCUAGCAGGCACCCUCACCAGCUGCCACCAUGUUUUGGUCUUCAGCAAAGACCCAAAGCCAGAGUAUGGAUUUUGAAGGCAAAAGAGGCUUCUAGAACUUCACCUCCUUGUCCCAGAGACUGCACCCUGUGCCA